AUGGGGUUCUGCCAGUGGUAUGGUGUCACAUGCGGUCGCAAGCACCAAAGGAUCACGGCACUGGACUUGCGAUCGCAGAAACUCUAUGGGUCGAUCUCUCCUCAUAUUGGGAACCUCAGCUUCUUGAGAGAAUUUCGGCUCGGAAACAACAGUUUCGAUCGUGAAAUCCCUCCGCAAAUCAGCCGGUUGAGCCACCUACGAAUCCUACAACUGGAGUACAAUUCAUUGGUGGGUGAGAUUCCUGAAAACAUAACAGCUUGCUCUGACCUUGUCAGCCUCAUUCUUAGACACAACCAACUAAUCGGAAAAAUUCCUACACAAGUCGGUUCAUUAUCGAAUCUACGGAUUUUUUCUUUAGAUAGAAAUAAUCUAUCUGGAAGUGUGCCUUCCUCCAUUGGGAACUUAUCUUCACUAGAGUGGCUUUCUCUUAUGGAAAAUUACUUGGGUGGGAGCAUUCCUAUAGCCCUAGGCCACCUGCUAAACUUACAAUACUUUUCUGUGGGAGAAAACAUACUGUCCGGUCCAUUUCCAACUGGACUUCUGAAUCUCUCUUCUUUAACUACCUUCGAUGUAGGAUUCAACCAAAUUCGAGGGAGUCUUCCUUCAUACAUGGGCUUUACACUUCCAAAUCUUCAGUUUUUUACCAUUGCCGGGAACCUAUUUGAGGGACAGGUUCCUCCGUCAAUAUCAAAUUGCUCAAAGCUAGAGGUACUUGAACUUGCAACGAACAAACUUUCAGGUCAAGUGCCUUCUUUGGAAAAUCUGCACGAGCUUCAAUGGUUCACCAUUUUCGAAAAUCAGCUCGGGCUUGAAAAACCCGAUGACUUGAACUUCGUUUGCUCACUGACAAACGCCACAACGUUAGAUGUAUUGUCUAUCUUUAGGAACAGUUUCAGCGGAAUGCUGCCCAAAUGCAUAGGUAACUUAUCCACCACCCUCACAAUAUUUGAUGUGAGUUGGAACAUACUAUAUGGAGAAAUUCCUAGACAGAUUGAAAACCUUGAGAACCUUGAAGCAUUGCUUAUGGACAGAAAUAAGCUUUUAGGUUUUCUCCCAUCGAAUUUGGGAAACCUACGAAAUUUAUCCUUGCUGGAGUUAGGUGAUAACUUCUUGGGAGGGAGAAUCCCGUCUUCUCUAGGAAAUCUAACCAAGUUGACUGCACUAUAUUUGAGUGGAAACAACUUUCAAGAUCAAAUCCCUUCAGCACUAUCUAACUGCCACUUUUUGAACAAACUUGAUCUGUCUAGUAACAAUCUCAGUGGUACCAUACCCCCACAAAUUAUGGGUAUUUCAUCACUUACAAGGCUUUUGGACUUGUCUCAUAACCGUCUGACAGGAGUUCUACCCAUGGAAGUAGGCAGCUUGACAUUUUUGACCGCAUUGGACAUCUCCGAAAAUAUGUUAGGAGGUGAAAUUCCAAAUAGUUUAGGUGAUUGCGUUGCAUUGGUAUCAUUGAGAAUGGGCGGCAAUUCCUUCCACGGGUCCAUUCCUCAAUCGAUGAGAUCGUUAAGAGGCAUUGAAGAACUGGAUCUUUCACACAAUAAUUUUUCUGGGGAGAUUCCACAGUUCUUCGAGGUAUUUCGUUCUUUGAAAGUCCUGAAUUUGUCUUACAAUAACUUUCAAGGCAUGCUGCCGCGUGAAGGAGUCUUUGAGAAUGCUACCUCUACUUCUAUUAUUGGAAAUGCUAAGCUUUGCGGUGGAUUGCCAGAAUUUCAGCUUCCUAAAUGCAUCUCCAGUAGCUCCAAGAGUAGAAAAGUCCAUCAUGGAUGGAGAUUGUCGGCUGUUGUUAUUUGUGGCCUUCUUGGAAUUGCUCUUGUUCUUGCUAUGCUAUAUCUCUGUUGGUGGAAGAAACAAGUACAAGAACCGGUUUCAAGUUCUGUUGAUGUUUUAUGUCCAAGAGUAUCUUAUGGAACACUCCUAAAAGCAACCAAUGGUUUUUCUUCGACCAAUCUGGUUGGUGUUGGAAGUUUUGGUUCUGUUUACAAGGGGGUACUUGAGGACAAUGGGACUGCCGUUGCAGUGAAAGUGCUUCAUUUGGUGGGUCGCGGUGCUUUGAAGAGCUUCAUAGUUGAGUGUGAGGUACUAAAGAACAUUAGACAUCGAAAUCUUUUGAAGAUAUUGACAGUUUGCUCGGGUGUUGAUUAUCAAGGAAAUGAUUUUAGGGCCAUAGUAUAUGACUUCAUGGACAAUGGAAGCCUGGAACAGUGGUUACACCCAAAAGCAACGCCAUCUCAUGGAAACGAGCCUUCGAAAAAACUAAAUUUCAUUCAAAGGAUAAAUAUUGCUAUUGAUGUUGCUUCUGCAUUCGGUUAUCUUCACCACCAGUGCCACAUUCCCAUCAGUCAUUGUGAUCUAAAGCCAAGCAAUGUCCUCUUAGAUGCUCAGAUGGUCGCGCAUGUGGGAGACUUUGGUUUAGCGAAGUUCCUCCUUGGAUCGUCCCUUGAUACUGUAGCUCAUCAGAUGAGCUCUGUAGGUCUAAGAGGGACAAUUGGUUAUGCUCCACCAGAAUAUGUAAUGGGAUGCGAGGUCUCGAGAGAAGGCGACGUCUACAGUUACGGCAUCCUCUUACUAGAGAUGUUCACAGGAUUGAGUCCCACCGACGACAGAUUCGGAGAUAAUUUGACUCUCCAUAGUUUCGUCGCAACGACUUUGCCUGAACAAGCAUUGGAAAUUACGGAUCACACUCUGCUUCUGGAAAGGGAGAGUAGUUUCGACCACAAUAGUCAUCAGCAUUGGCGUCCCGAAGGCGAUGACAUAUUUCAAGAGUGUUUGGUUAUGUUAUAUAAUAUUGGAGUCACUUGUUCCAAUGAAGUGCCUGGAAGUCGGAUGAGCAUAAGCGGCGUUGCAAAUCAGCUGCAAAAGAUUAGGCGAAAACUCUUUGCAUUGGGUUUACAUGAAGAGGAUGAGCUACCGAGGGUGAUAUGA